AUGCCUCGACUACUGAAUCUCCGAGCACUGUGUUCAUCCUGCGAGCGCGCCGAGGCGUCGCAUUGGUGCGGCACGUCUUCGUCAGCCUUAUGCGCCUCCUGUCUGCACCGCCGUCCCGUGUCCGCGUCGUCGCCCGUUCCGGUCCCCAUCCAAUCGAAUUCCGUCGUCGCUGCGCUGUGCGGCCGCUGCGAUGUCGCUCCCGCCGCUGUCUUCGCCGUCGACGCCGCCACCCCGCUGUGCGAAAUCUGCGCACCGCGAGAGCAUAAGCACCACAGCCCCAAUUCCCGCGAGAAGCAAAAAAGGCACCUCGUCCCGCUCAAGGAAAGCGCCGCUGCGCACGGCCUUGUCUUUGAUAAGAUGGACUUUAGUAGCUUGUAUCAUGGACAGGGAGGUCGCAAGCCCAAAUCGGGCCUCACUCCUGAGCAGCGCGCGGGCAAGGUCGAUCUCAGUUAUUAUAAGACCGAGGUGCCCAUGAGCGUCGUCAGCUCCAAGUCGAGAAGGAAGAGGGGCAAGAGGGACGGGGAUGAUACGUCGCGCUCAGGAAAGGAAAGGAGGAAGAAGGGUUAGCAUGGUCGUUGCGUUGUUUUCACAGCUCUGGCUCGCUUUUCUUUUUUUAAUUUUUAUUCCUGUCUAUUAGGUUUCGAGAUGCUAGCUUGUAGUAGGAUGUCCCACCCAGGGUGUGUUGGCAACGGGGGUGGAAGGUUUUAGGAGUUUGAUUUAUCUAGUGCGGUGCAGCUUGUUAGGUGACUGCAGGGCGGGAGAGCGACGCGUCUCCUUCGUGCACAGAACGUGGGUGUUUACGGAAAGGCGUUCGUCUCCGCGGUUAACUAGGUACGGUAGUGGGGAGGGGGGAGUGGGGAGGAGGGGCGGGAAAUUGCGCAUUUAGGGGUUGAGGUCGAGGGCAACUGUUUGAAAUCACUUGUUACAUAUGUUUAGCGUUCAAUUCUUCUUCGUACGACCAGAUGGCUUCGUUGCAUGUAAAUCCUUUCGAUAAAUAUGGAAAAAAUAUGUUUUUUAGACACAUCUCAUCCACCAUGUCCUACUGUACCGGACGUCAUCAAGGACCUCCCUUGGCCGAUGAACAAAGUCGCGCUUGUCAUCUUCAACAAUCCCAAGUGAAUUCAAUCCCCCGAUGCUCAAGCGGCGGUAGCGCCAUUCCCACGCAUCAUGCGCCGUCAGGUCUUCAUCGGCGUGCUGCUUGUCACUGUGUUGCUGCUUCUCGUGGGCGCCUUCACCUCGCUUUUCAAGCCAGCGCUUGCUCAGCUACCGCCUCAUUUUGACGUCUUGUUCCACUUUCUCGCGCACGUCCUCCUGGUGCUCUGCGCAGCCCAGCUUGUGCCGCCCACCGUUCCACCCGAGGCUGUUUGCGCGGGCUCCAUUGUCGCCGCACUAUUCCUCGAACUGGCGCAGAGCCUCGCUGUCCAGGGAAGGGGGGCCGAGAUCGCCGAUGCCUUGGCCGCCACCGUCGGGUCCUUUGCCGUGUUUUUGGUGUCCAAGGAUGGCUUGAAGUUGCAGAGGCCUAGUUUGAACGCCUUGACUGCGUAUUUGUUUGGCGAUGAGGACGAGGAGGAAGAGGAUGGCCAUCGAGUCGGCAGCUGGGCCGUUUGAAACUCUGCCUGGCAUGCGUCUCUUACGAAGAAGGCUGUCUUGUCCCUGCGACGUUCGCUGCCCUCGCUUGAGAACAUGCAGUGCAAUCUGCUUGUCUGAAUUUGUUCCAGGUGACUAUUUUUCGUGCAUUCAAGCUUUGAACGGCUAUAGUACCAAUGCUACAAUGUUGGCUUGUACUCGCCAGUCUGUGCAAGGAAAACGCGCUACUUCGUCUACCCUUUUAACAGCAGUUUAUUCCCGGAAUCAAGGAUGAUUGGGGCAAGCGUCCAUGACAUUCUGUCGGUAUGCGUGAGCACGCACGGCAGAUGAUACGAGUACAAUCAUAUCGAGCUGAGAAAGGCGCUGUAUACACCCAUGCCGAACCCGGAAAACCCACGAAAGAGACAAUCUUAAAGCCGACCGCCAGUUCAAGCCCGCGUGCAUGUUUACCGGCACUCCCGCGGGAGAAGGGGCAAUCGCCCUCCCUGGAGCCCCUCACGAGUGUCGGCAAAAGGACGAGAGCGCAGAGCUCGGCCCAUCUAUCGUAAAGCUUGUAAUUUUUCCCCCUGU